UUAAGUCAAUAUCUAAGUGAUAAGAUAAGAGGCAUUAUGUUAAUUUGUAAUCAUAAAUGUUUGAAUUAAAAAAUUAUAAACAAUUCAUAUAGAGGAAUUAUGAAAAAUUGGGUUAUCAUAAACCAGAGAGAGAUUGCGAAUAUUUGCCAAAUUAUAAUUUAAAAACAAAAAAUUUUGUGAUGGUGCAGAAUUUUGAAUUUAAUCACAUACAAAAAUUAUGAAGUGCGUGUCAAAUACAAGUUCUAAGUGGUAUAUCUUUUAUGUAACGACGAUAAUUUUGAACUUGAGAAGAAAAUAAAUGUGAGAAUUUAAAGCUGACUGUUAUUGAUUUUUGCAAAAAAAGAACCAACGCACUCUCAUCAGCAACAAUCACAUACUCGUAGCAACUCUUCUCUUCAGUUAAAAACACAAUCACAAUGGAUUUCGAUGGAAUUCUUGAGGAAAUCGGUGAAUGUGGAAGAUAUCAGAAAAUAAAUUAUCUUCUAAUUUGUUUGCCGGUAAUGUUUGCUGCUGCAAAUAGUCUAUCAUACGUUUUCACUGCAGGUAUCCCAAACUAUAGAUGCUUAAUACCUGAAUGCGGUGAAAGCUCUACAAAUUUCGAAUUAAAUUCACCUUGGCUAGUGAAUGCUACUCCUGGUACAAAUAGUCAUGGAAAAUUCACACCAGAAAAAUGUCUUCGCUAUGAAGUUCUUAACGACACAUCAGCAUCAGCUGGUAUUUUAACUGGCGCAUGUUCAAAGGAAAAGUUCAAUCAGAUGAGUAAAGUGCGAUGUCAUGAAUGGGUUUUUGAUACACAGGAAUAUACAAUUGUCCAAGAGUGGGAACUAACAUGCUCGGAGAACGCUUGGAAAUUAGCACUAGUAGGAACGAUGCACUUUGCUGGAUUAGUAGCAGGUACAGCGACAUCUGGAUUUUUUGCCGACAGAUAUGGAAGAAAACUUAUUUUUAUAGUUUGCAUAGUUUUCAUGGCCAUAACUGGAAUUCUACAAGGUAUAGCAUGGGACUACAAUAGUUUUAUUGUGUUUGCUUUUUUAAAUGCAGUUGGAACUUCAGCCGUUUAUCCACUUGCUUUUAUAAUUGGUGUCGAAAUGGUUGGACCCAAACGAAGAGAAAUGGCAUCGAUUGUAUUAAAUUAUUUUUAUGCAGUAGGUGAAGCUUUAGUGGGCUUAGCAGCAUGGCUUUUACCUAACUGGCAACUACUUCAAAUUGUUUUAUCAGCACCGCCUUUAAUUUUUAUUGCAUACUAUUGGAUGGUACCAGAAUCUGUACGUUGGUUAAUUGCUAGAGAAGAUUAUGAAAAAGCCAAAAAGAUUAUAACUAAAGCUGCCAAAACAAAUAAAAAAGAAUUGUCUGUAACGUUGUUGGAUUCAUUUGACAAUGCCAAUAAACGACGGCGGGGGAGGUGCGAGGAGGACAAAAAUUGGGAUCAUACAAAAUCAACAAGUAGUACAAAUAGUGAUAAUAUUAGAUUUGAAAGUGACGAAAAAGGGGAAAUUUAUGGAGCUGUAAGAGAUGUCUUCAAAUCGAAAAAGUUAUGCAUUCGAUAUGCUUUGCUUUUAUAUAUUUGGGGCGUCAAUGCUUUAGUUUUUUAUGGACUUUCAUUGAAUUCAACGAAUUUAAGUGGGAAUAAAUAUAUCAAUUUUGCUUUGGUGUGUCUUGUUGAGAUUCCUGGUUAUUCAUUAGCAUGGGUUAUGUUAAACAAAUUUGGCAGAAGAUUGUCUCUAACUGGAUCGUUACUUCUUUGUGCUGUGACUUGUGUGGCAGGAGGAUAUGUAGCAAGAAGUAUUGAAUGGGCUGUGAUCACAUUAUUUCUCAUAGGAAAAUUAGGAAUAACAUCUUCAUUUGCUAUUUUAUACACAUAUACCGCAGAAAUGAUGCCAACUAUCAUUCGAAGUGGUGGUGUGGGAUGUAUGUCGACUUUUGCACGUUUUGGAGCAAUGUUGGCACCGUUUGUGCCACUUUUGGGAAUGUAUUAUGAAACAUUACCUCUUUUGGUAUUUGGAACGAUAUCUUUGUCAGCAGGUUUAUUGGGCUUGUUUUUACCGGAGACAUUUCAAAAGAAAUUACCUGAUACGGUAAAAGAAGCUAAAUCUUUGCUUUCUGAUGAACGAUAAAAUUAAUAAAACUAUCCUACGUGUUUUAUAGUAGGUACUAAAAGUUCGUGUUCCUAUUUCUGAGAAUAAAAAAAAAAAACAACGAUAUUAUGCUGAUCUAGUUUUAUAAAAAAAAAGUUACUUAUAAGUUAGUUAUAAUGAAUUUUAUUACCUGGAAAGUGCCCAAAAUAAAAAAAAUAAACUAAAAAUUGUUUUAAGUAAGAA